AUCGCCGUCGUUUUCCGAUUUCUUUCAUUUCCCAAAGCACAAAGUCGCCAUUUUUGUCCCAUCUCUCCGGUUGGUUUGAUGUGUUUUAACGAGUACGUCGUAAAGCCUUUUCUCAUUCGAUAGAUUGGAUUCCUAGUUUUCCAGUGCGAAUUAGUGGUAAAAAUAGGUGUUUUCUGGACCCGAAAAGUAUAUUUUCCCGGGGACAUAUAUUGAUACCGUAAAUUGCAGAUAUCAGAGGUUCGAUUGGAGGUGGAAUUGGACGAUUUUUCUGCAUUUUAAAUUUCACCAUUUCGAGUGGGACUAGUUUUUUUUUCUUCUGUGGGCAGCCGAGAAGAAAGGGGAAGCAAAAAUCAUCGACGGAUUGGAAUCGUCAGCUACAACAACGGAAGAGCAAGAAGAAGUGGCAAUCAAAUAAUUAGAAAAAAAUUCCACCCGUGUUUGCGUGUUUGCCACAAAACUUACUUCAAAAUACGAUGGUGUCCAUUGGGUGAUGCAAAAUUAGUCCAAAAUCGUCCCUUGAAAGCGCGACUGGCGUACAAUACUAAAUUCAGGUUAAUAACCGUGUAAGACCGGAUUCGGAACUUAAAAUCGAAGCUGCGAAGGAUUUCGCCAUCGGAUAAUGAGUGAUUCCGAAGAUGAGAUUGUUGUCGGUCGAAGACGACGUGGCGGUGGAUCUUUCGUUACAGCACCUGCUGGAGGUCCGUCGGGUGUCCGUCGAUCUAGGCGUAGCACGACAGGUGCCCCUCAGCGAGCGCGACUGCUGCCGGAUUAUUCUGAUGGAGACACUAGCAGUGAUAGUGGCAGCGAAAUAGAACUUCCAUCCAGCAGCAGAAAGAAGGGCAAAAAUAUUCCACUGAUGGAGGACGAAGAGGAAGGAGCGGCGGGACCAAGUGGAAAGCGUCAGGCCGGAAAUGACAGCUCCGAGUGGGAGUCGGAUUGGAACAGCGACGAGGAGAAGCUGCUAAAGGAGGGUGGCAAAGAGGUCGCCGUAGCGUUGGCCACCAAACUUGGCUACGCGUCCGAUUGUUCCAGCAGCAGCAACGACAGCGAAAAGUGUCCGAUCUGUUUGCUAUCGCUGCACGAUCAGGAAAUCGGGGUCCCGGAGGUGUGCGAGCACAUUUUCUGUGCCCCGUGUAUCGAGGAGUGGUCCAAAAAUGUCACUACUUGUCCGAUCGAUCGCAAAAAUUUCGAUGUCAUUAAUAUUUUCAAAAGCGUUGAUCGUAAGCAGUUGGUUCGCAAAAAUCAGGUUCAGAUAAAGACAGCAGAAGAUGUACCGGUGCUGGAGGAUCACGAACUGACUAAUUGUCAGGUUUGCAAUCGAACAGAUCGCGAAGACACGAUGCUGCUUUGCGAUUCGUGCAAUUUGGGCUACCACAUGGAAUGUCUGUCACCACCAUUAACAGAAGUUCCGUCUGGUUCAUGGUACUGCGAUUGUUGUUUCGCGUCUGGCUCCGAUGAGGACGACGAAGAGGUUCAGGAUUUACUGGAUGAUUUAAACGAAAUAGGAGGAAUGCGCCCUACUCGUUUACGUAACCGUCUAAAUAGUCCGCCGAGAAUUGUUCGCACCCGUCAAAGCGAACGUAUUCGUGCUGCUAUUCUAUCAAGAACCGCAACAUCCGUUCGUUUGAACAUCGUGGAUGAUGUGACUCAGCCUGGUCCAUCUACUAGAAGAUCUUUGGCAUCGACAGCAGGAGCUUCCAGUUCGAUGGCUUCGGCAAACGCACCGGCGCGUACAGUUCGCAAGCGACGAAAGCGUCGUACCAGGAGAAAGAUUUUGAAAAUGAUUAUAUCAGAAUAUGACGUUGAUAAUAACGAUGAAAAGUUUGCUAUCAAGAGAAAGAAAAUAUAUAAAACCUUAAAGCGUUUAAGUAAGAAACGAUCUAAGCGCAUAAGAACUUCUCGCAGGAAGAGCAAGAAUGUCGAGAUCACUCCUGGGUUGAACCCUGAAGGGUGCGAACUACAGAAACAGCGUUUUAGCACUGGGAUUCCUACAUUGAAGAUUUUUGGAGGUGCAAAUGAUUUAGACUACUUUUCAGAUGAAGGUGGGGAUGAGGAUAUGAAUGUUUCCGAAGGGGGACUUGGCGAGACGGCCAUUCAGAACAUUCGUUCUGCUCUCAGGAAUCCACUGGGUCGUAGACGUGCUUUGAAAAGUGGUUUUGAACCAAGUUCCAGCAGCGGGCCAGUAGAUUUGUUGGGCAGCAUCAUGGAGAGCCAAGAACGUUGGCAUUCGCGUAGAGGUCUCGGAGAUGUCAAAAUUACUCCUACUGGUAAAAUCUUAUUUAAGGAUGAAAGUCCCAAGAAAAAAGAUUCUUCUGUAACCGGAAUAAAUCAGGCAGGCGUUGGACAGAAUUCGGAUGGUAACGUUAAUGUACCAAAAAGCAGCAACGCUACAGCUGCGGAUUCUACCAGCUCGAAUGUUGGAACUAGAAGCGGAAAUGACGGAGGAACCGUUGCCGGUGGAUCUUCGGAACAGGCAAGCUCUAGUACAGGGGCAGGUUUCCCUCCUUCAGAUAACAAUGCUGACAGUUUUCCAGACUUUCCGGAUAUGUCAAUUUUUGUAGAUCUUCCACCUCCAAAAGAACAACGCGAAGAGGAGGAAAAGAAAAAGAAAUCUGGUUUUGAUAUGUUUGACACCGAUAGCCCGAUUGCUGAGCGACCAGCGGCACCGGUUCAGCCUGCUCCUGAAAGCACGACGGAUGAUGGAGAAGUAGCUGCCGGUAGCUCAAAGAGUGCGGGAAAGUUCAAGUACACAAUGACAUCCGAACCGAGCAACUGUCCGAAUUUUUCCGUAUAUUCUUCAGAAACGUUGAAAUUCGCUAAAGGCGGUGAUGAGCCCUACGAUCCACUAGAUAGUGAACAGAAAACUGACGAUGAAUUCGAUGAAAGGGAUGAAGAUUUAGUACAGUUGGAUGAUGAAGAACCUGCUGCUCUCAAAGCCCCAGAAAGAGAAGAUGAAAAUAUUCCCAAUGGAACCGACAAGCUUCCAACAGGUUUACCAGAACAUGAUGCUUUCGAUUCCGAUUCAGACGAUGAAUUGAAAAAGCUAGAAGAAUCUUCAACCCCUGUUGGGCCAGAGCCUGAACCAACGGCUGAACUAGAAACGUUAACCCCACCUCUCACAACUACGGUGGCAGCUGCAAUGGCUACGACGUCUAGUGCCGUCACAACCAUAGCCAGUUCCCAACAAGGUUCGAAUGUUGUAGUUGGAGAAGCCAGCACGACAACUUCGGCUCAUCCAACAAAUUCAGCGCAAGGUGAAGAAGACCGAAGCUAUACACCGUGCUUAGACGAAAAGUAUCAAGAAGCUGCACGUCGGGAGCAAGAUCGAAGUGGAACAACUCCAACAAUGCCCCCGCCGUCAAAAGAUGGAAUCGAUGGAAUGGAUACUGAAUUAAUUUCCGAAGAAGACGAUGACACAUUUAAAGAGGACGAUCCUCAACCAUCAUCAAAACCUUCUUCGUCUGGAGCUAAAAAGAAAGACCACUCUUUCAAAAAGGUAACCAAACGAGGACGUGAUCGGAACUAUCGCGACAAAGAAGGUACUAAAAAGGAUAACCGAAAUGAAAACAAAGAGAACGAUGGAAGACGAUCCCGCAACCGCACCAGGGAACGUGAACGCGAUCGUCGUCCCAGGCGUAAAGAAAUCCCUCGUUACGAUGUUCGCACGGUUAUCGCCGAAAAACGAAAUAGAGAUCCUUUUGGUCGGGACGUUACACCACGACCACGUUCCAAGAGUCGAAGUCGUACACGUACCCCCGAGCGUAGACGCGAAUUGUCGAUAUCCUUAAGCCCAGAGCCGCCCAGAAGAUUCAACCGAAGACGUUCUGUUUCGCCCAGAUUUAGAGGAAGAGGUAGAUCAACCAGUCCGCCGCCGUUGAGAAGACACAUUUCUCGUACUCCAUCCCCAAGAGGUGCUCGACUGAGACCAGUCAGCAGAUCUCGGUCGCCUCUGGAACCAAGACCUCGUCUGCAUCCUCGUUCAGUAUCACGCUCCCUUACUCCACCUCGGGCUCGAAUUCCGAGAUCAAUUUCUAGAACGCCUAAAUCGCGCACACCUUCACCGAAACCCAGACUCGGAAAACCCAAGAAGACAAAGAAGAAGAAGCGUCCCGCUUCCCUAAGCAGAAGCCGUAGUCCAAGCGAGGGUCGUACGAAGAAAAAGAGCAAAAAGGGGCGCAAGAAGAAAAACAAAAACCGCGCUGUUUCUCCCACUGGAAGUGCCGGCAAGAAAAAGAAAAGUAGAAGGCGUUCUAUGUCACCGGCGAUGUCUCGUUCUCGAUCACCGUCUCCAUCUAUCCUUGCAGCUCAGACAACCGGUGUGUUGACCGAACGAUUCGCUAAAGUUCGUCAACAAAACUCCUGGACUCCUCCGCCACCGGUUAGAUCCAAAACUAACGGCACCAAUCUAACGGUGAUAUUAACGAAUGAGGAAGCUUUGGCUAAGCAAGCGAAAGAACGUGAACGGAAACGCAAAGAAGCCCGUCGCCGAGACCGAGCACGAGACAAAAAUCUACCUUCAAAGGAAGUAUUUACAUCCGGUGAUAAUAUAUUAGUUAGUGUUAGUUUUAACGAUAAGAAUUUGAAUAAGGAAAAUCAAGCAACCGAAGCAGAUUCGGCAGCUGCGGCUGCAGCGAGUCAAAAAAGAUUGAAAGAUUUAGCCAAGAAGAGAGCUGAAGCCGAAAAGGCUAAGCGUAAGCGCUUGGAGCGUCUCAGAAAGACCCGUGGAGAAGCCCCCAAACCAUUAGUCAUCAUUGAUCUCGAGAGAUCACCAUUCCGAGUUAUGACUCCUUCUCCAAAAGCAGUCAUCAUACUAAGCGAUAGCGAUGGCGAAAAAGACAAAGAUCGUCGGGAAGCAGAUGUUAAUCGUACUGGCGGUGGAAACAAUCAACAGAUGAACGCAGAAUCUGCCACCAAUGGACCAUCGUCAACGAUGCGAAAAUCUCCUGCCGAACGCCACGAAGAGGACAUGUUUGGUCCCAAAACACCACCUGGUUUCCCCAGCCAGCCUCAACCAACACAAAGCAAAACUCAAGCGCCAAAGUUCACUAUGCAGGUCAAAUCAAAACAAUCCAAUAUUCGUCCUAUGAAUCUCCUUUACGAUCCCGGUGAUCUAGAUGGAGGCAAAACACCUGAACGUAUGGACAAUGCUGAAAGCUCCAACAUGAAUUAUAACAUGGUCGGUCCAAACACCCCUCCUGAACCAGCCCCUCAAUCUCCGUCUCCAGAUGUUUACGAUCCAUUUGAGCCAACUAAAUCUCCAUCGCCCUCACCACCUCGUCGGGAUAAUGUUUCUAUUGAACGGCUUUCGGACCUUGAUGAUGCCGUGCUGCCCUCUAGCAGCGGAAAGAUAGACGGUCCCGAUUCCGGCACAGGAAACGAUCUUAAAGCUGAUUCACAGAAUCAAGAUGACGGAAUGAAUGGUGAACCUGAACCUCCACGUGGCAACAAAAUAACCAUCAUUAGCAACAUCAUCCUUAGCCAAGCGAACAACAAUAGUAGUCAGCAAGGCGUUGUCAGCGGUUCAGGCGUUUCCGCUAGCCAAAACAACACUGGCGAUGAUUCCGAUGUCAUCUUUGACGAUUUCGUGUCCUCUUCAGCUCCUGCUCCUAGCAACAAUACCGGCUAUAACAACACGUCCAGCUCCAAUCCUAUCAAAUCGUAUAGCACGGCUCCCGCAAACUCCUCGAGCCUCAUUUCAAAACUACCACUGCCACCGGGUGCUAGCGCUGCCGGGCAAAAGUUUGGCGACUUUAUCAAUCCAACCGACUCACCAUAUUCGCCGGGUGCAAGCGAUUUCGACGAUCUGUUCGAGGCAGGGGCGAUGGAGUCUCCGCCGGGUCCCCCUACCAAACAAUCGUACAAACCAACCAAGAUUGUGUCGAAGGGGGCUAAAAAGGCUGGUGCCGUUGGUACCUUCGAUAACUUGUUCGGUAGCUCUCCUGCCAACAACAACUUCAAACGGUCCAAGAAGGGGCACAAGCGAAGAGGGAAAGGUAAACCUAAAGGAGACGACGAUGAAGAUUUAUCAAAGUUGUCCGCCAAAGAAAGGGUAAGCUGCAGUUUGUAUUUACAUUUAAGAAGGUAUUUGCGGUUUAAUUUGAAAGUGGAAUACUUUCUUUUAAACUUCAUUCUAAUAUCAUAUAUUAGCACACUUAGAGUAUCAGCAGCGGUCAGGUGUCAAAGCUAUAACACUCCGUUUUGACACUUCGACGGCGCA